AUGCAAAUAAGUCCGUUAAAAAAAAAGAUUAACAUAUCUCUAAAUACUUCACGAGAUGCUAGAACUUCAUUAUAAGAUGUCAUCACAAAUUAGACUGAAUAAAUAGUCAAAAGUAAUCAACUAGAAUAAGAAUUGCAUCGAGUUAAUUAAUAGAGAAAAUUAUUAAAUAUGGAAUUAGAUGAUUUGAGCAAUAAAUAUGUAGAAAAGUCAUAAGCAUUAUAAGAAUGUGAAUUAGAGAAUGCACUUUUAAGGAGAUAAAUACAGGCUUAUAGGCAAUAGGAAGACAUAUCGAAAUUGCAUAUAUUAUUAUAGUAAAUAUUUAUUAAAAGCAGAUAGAAAAACCAUAUUAUCUUAGAAUGGACUAAAAAAUUUGAAAUAAUGGAGAAGAGGUUAGAAAAUGAGAGUAAAUUGGAAUAACAAGUAAAAUAAUAAUAAUUUUAAAAUGACAUACUAAAACAAUAAAUAAAUGAAUUAAAGUAGUAGUAGUUGAUUUCAUCUAAGAAUUAUAUAGAAUUAAAGGAAGAAAGAAAUUAAUAUUAUAGAAAAUCUAUUGAUUUAUUUUAAGCAUUUCAGAAAUUGGAUAAUUAAUAUAAAUAAUUAGAGAAGGACAGGAAUUAAAUUUAAUCUGAACUUAUACAAUUCAAAUAAGAUUGUCAAAUAUUUAAAGAAUAAUUAAAUUAAGUUGAAAGUAUAUUAAAAAAGAAAAAUAAAUGGAAAUUAAGAUAUUAGGAUUUAAUAAAAGAAUCUUAAUAAAAUCAAAUAGAAAAUUCUAGUGAAAGUAUGGUUGAAUAACUAAAGGCUGAAGUUUAGAUUGGCUAUAAUGAAAAGGAAUUAAAUUUAAUUGAAAACAAUAACAAUGAGGAAUUAAAUGAUAUGAAAGAUAAAUUAUAACAAUUAGAAUAAGAGAAUCAGUAUUUAAGAGAAUAAAAUAUUGAAUUACAAAAUCAAUUCUAAAGUGCUACUGAUAAACUUUUAAAGCAAUAAUUAUAAAGUUCAAUGAUUAAAGAAUAAAGUUAAACUUUUUCAUUUGUAAAAUAUCAUCAUGAAUAUUGUGAUUCAUUGGAAGAAUAGCAAAUCUAAGAUUGA